AUGGCUGCGACUAACUCUGCUGAAAGGGACGCCCUUUCGGAGGAGCGAGAAGCAGCUUUGUUAUUAGCCGGUGAAGACGAGCAAGAAGACAGUUCUAAAGACGAAGACAAUCUAAACCUCAAGGCUAUGGUUAAGAGCAUGGGCGAGGAUUUGAGAUCUGUUCUCAAACGUCUUUCUCGGGUCGAAACUGACAAGGAAAGACCAACGAAAAGACUCCGAGUUGCUGAAGAAACUGAGAGUGAUAGUCCACACUCUGACGCAGAAGUGGAACUCUCAGAUUCGGAGCAGCUUAUCGUGCCGCAAACAGAAGGCGGCCAAAAUGGCGAAGCGCCAAACUCAAUCCCCUCAGUAGCUGAGGAUGACUUAUUGAGCGAGAUAGCUCAGGAGUUCGCUGAUGAAGCUACGACAGGACCAAAGGUUAGCCAGAAGCUGGCAGAUAUUAUAAAUCAGCGUUGGUCCUCAAAGUUGGAAGAGCCCAAACUGAAGGGCAAGAUGGGAAAAUAUGACCGGCCAGACAAUUGCGAGAAGCUCGCUGUGCCGAAAGUAAACCCUGAGAUUUGGUCAAAGCUCAACCAUACUGCUCGAGGUGCAGACCUUAAAUUGGUCAACUUUCAAAAAACACUCGUCAAAGUUGGGGUUGCCCUAACUAAAUCUACUGAUUCCCUUGUGAAUAUCAGAGCAAACAUAAGUUCAGACGCUGAACUCAAACAACAACUUGCCGACCUCGUGACCAACAAUACUGACGCCUUGGCAAUGCUCGGUCACGUUCAUGUCGAGCUCCUGCUGCGUCGCCGUGAGCUGAUAAAACCGAACGUAAACAAGGAAUAUUCAUCCUUAUGUUCGUCCCAAACACCGAUAACGGAAUUCCUCUUUGGGGAUGACUUGCAGUCCCGGUUAACCAGCAUAAAGGCUUCGAAUAAAAUCAGCCAAGAAGCUACGAGCAGCCAGAGUCAAGCCGGCCAGAAUGCCUUUCCUAGGCGCCAUUUUGACACCUCAAAAUCCCGUCAAAAAGGGAAAUCAUUUCCUAAUAGUAAUAACGGCAAGGCUUUUUUAUGGCAAGGCAGGGGCAACAAUUAUCGCCCCUACCAAAACAAGCCUCAAUUCCAAGCCAGGAAGAAGAACCAGCAUGCCCAGCAUUAA